GGGGGUGGCCUCAGCCAUUGGCGGAGAGGUGGGAGGGGUGGGGCCCUCGGGAGCCGCUGCGGGUAUAGCUGAGCGGGCGUAGGCCACCGGCCCGCGGGAGAGGCACGCGGUGGGCUGCUGCAUUUCGGGCUGGCCAUGGCAGCGUCACCCCUGAAAGUGUGCAUCGUGGGCUCGGGAAACUGGGGUUCAGCUGUUGCAAAAAUCAUUGGUAAUAAUGUCAAGAAUCUUCACAAGUUUGCCUCCACGGUCAAGAUGUGGGUCUUUGAAGAAACAGUUAAUGGAAGAAAACUGACAGACAUCAUAAAUAAUGACCAUGAAAAUGUAAAAUAUCUCCCUGGACACAAGUUGCCAGAAAAUGUGGUUGCAGUCUCAAACCUCAGCGAGGCCGUGCAGGAUGCGGACCUGCUGGUGUUUGUCAUUCCCCACCAGUUCAUCCACAGAAUCUGCGACGAGAUCACCGGGCGAGUACCCAAGGAAGCCCUGGGAAUCACGUUGAUCAAGGGCAUAGAUGAGGGCCCGGAGGGGCUGAAACUCAUCUCCGACAUCAUCCGAGAGAAGAUGGGCAUUGACAUCAGUGUGCUGAUGGGAGCCAACAUUGCCAGCGAGGUGGCUGCUGAGAAGUUCUGUGAGACCACCAUUGGCAGCAAGGUAAUGAAGAAUGGCCUUCUCUUCAAAGAGCUUCUGCAGACUCCAAAUUUUCGAAUCACGGUGGUUGACGAUGCUGACACCGUGGAACUCUGUGGUGCGCUUAAGAACAUCGUAGCGGUGGGAGCCGGCUUCUGCGACGGCCUCCGCAGUGGAGACAACACCAAAGCGGCCGUCAUCCGCCUGGGGCUCAUGGAAAUGAUCGCCUUCGCCAGGAUCUUCUGCAAGGGUCAGGUGUCUACAGCCACCUUCCUGGAGAGCUGCGGCGUGGCCGACCUGAUCACCACCUGCUACGGGGGCCGGAACCGCAGGGUGGCCGAGGCGUUUGCCAAGACUGGAAAGACCAUUGAAGAGUUGGAGAAGGAGAUGCUGAAUGGGCAGAAGCUCCAGGGACCUCAGACGUCUGCUGAAGUGUACCGCAUCCUGAAACAGAAGGGGCUGAUCGACAAGUUUCCAUUGUUUACUGCCGUAUAUCAGAUCUGCUAUGAAGGCAGACCCGUUCAAGAGAUGCUGUCUUGUCUCCAGAGCCAUCCUGAGCAUAUAUAAAGUGGAUCAUGCAACAAGUCCAGCAAAGUUCUGCCUUUCCAAUCACUCUUUGGGGUUCAAAUGGAAACUGGGACUUGGCAACAAGAUAUUUGCUUGACUGUCAUCCCAUCAUGGAUGUAUAUGAAUUUUUACAGGUUUGUUGUUGAACUGCGAGAGCAGUUCAUUGGCUAAGAUGUACUGGCAACAACUAGACACCCACAUGUGGAUGUGUGAAUGUGUGUUCAUUUCUCAUUCUAUGGAUGUUUCUAUGAACCAAAAUUAAACGUCCUUUUUAAAGAUUACUUUUGAAAUUUUCCCACUGUGGUAGCUUAUAAGAUUGGAACAAUCUCAGCUAAAUUUUUUAGAUCUAAUUCGUAUGUAUUUGAGUGAAGGAAUUUCUUUUUUCUCAUGAUGUUACAAUUUAACCAGCAUUAAUAACAUGGUAGAAUGGAAGAAUGAGUGUGUCCAAAGAUCAACAUACUGUAACUUUUAAACACUGUCUCAAAGCCAGCAUAAUUAACUACUUCGAUCGAGAGUUGAUCUCUUUUUUUUAACAAUUAGUUAUUUUUAAUUAGGUAAAUAACUUGAAUUUCCUCUCACUGCAGUUUUCUGCAUUUUUAGCCUCUUUGCUCUUCAUUAGCUGCCAGAAUGUGCUUUCAUAAAGGCGAAGCAGUGGCAGAAGACAGAAAACUCAUCUGGAAUUUUCCUGCUGUGACUGGCAUCUUUUCAUUAAUGACGCUUGUAUGAUGCUUUUUAUUAGGCAGUACUUUUGUGCAAACAUUUCCUUUAAGCAUCACAGGUUCCCUGAGAAGGGGCUGCCACUAUUCCUCUAUUAAGAUGCAGUCACUGCCUGCUCACCAGGUGAGGAAGGACAGAGCCAGGAGUCAAGUCUCGUGCUCCUCCAUCCCACCAAGGGGCCCCGAGACCUUCGCAGAUGUCACUGGGGUGAUUUGUCCUCCAGCUAAUUCGUUGUGGCACAUGCCAUAUGCAAUCUUUCUUGAGGCCAUAGGAGGGCUUCCUGCAGCUGAGAUUUGUGUGGGGCGUUGUCUAGAUGGACACCACUCAAUGUGUGGUCCUCACUCCAUCAGCUUCACUCGGAGUCUCUUAGCAAUGCAGGUUCCCGGCUCCCAGGCAGACCUCUGAAAUGGGGUCUGGUAUUUGUGCUUUAACAUGCCUUCCAUUUGUUUCUGAUCCUCACUACAAUUCUAGAAUCACUACUUUAGAAAAUUUAGAUUGGCAUUUCUCAAACCAUGUUCCAUAGGAAACUAGUGUCCUGGGAUCUAGUGGUGGUUCCGGUGUAGUUUGGGAAAAGCUGCAUCUCCAUACCCCUCGUAAAUGUGUAGAAUGUAUGUUUGUAUGUUGGUGGAACCUAGUAGGUUUAUUUAACCUAGCUAGUCCCAAACAUAUUAGAUUAUGGAGACUUCUUUUGGCAAGGAAACUUGCCGAAGUUUCCAGGGGACACUGUUCUAGGCUGAGGUGACCUUAGGACAGCUUAUACCCUUCACUUCCUGUAAGAAAUUAGGAUGAAUAACUACCUGUGGUCGUGUUAGGUCUGAGCUUUUACAAUUCAGGUCUGCCAUGAAACUUUGAUGAAGCUUUAAGGUGACACCGACAAGUACAACCCAGUAGGUGUUAACCUCGCUGAAACGCACAUUAUGUGGAAUAAGAGCUUUUACUUCUAGAAUUAGAAUGGGAAUUACUGUAUCUUCUUAAAUGAGAUGGGUUUCGGGAUAGCUUUACAAUUACCUUACAUAGCACUUGAUAAAAUGUUAAGGGAACUUAUGAAUGUCACAUAUAUAUUCAUGGAUUUUUCGGUCACUUUGUGAGAUUUUGACCUUUUUUAUUUUCCAGUUUGGGACUUUUUUCCUUCUACAUCUGAAAUGAUUAUAGAAUCGAUUUUUGUGGAAUUUUAAAAAUUCUGUCCAAAACAUUUGAGGAGCAUUGUAAAGCCCCAUCCACAGAAGUAUAUGAAAGCACACAAAAUGCUACAAGUUUCAUUGAUUUUCGUGCCACUAUUAAGUUAAUCAAUUUUGCUUGUCUUGUGAUUAAUCUUUUUAAAAGUUUGUACAUAGGUGACAAAGUGUUACUUUUUAAGCUGCAUAGGGGCGGUAAGCUAAUUGUGGUGUCUAUUAAGUAGGAUAAUCAGAUGUGAGGAAUUAGGAUUUAAUGUCUUUUAUGUCCUCUCAUCGGUAUUCAGCGUCCUGCUCUGGGUUUUGUACUUGAGUGUUUUUUCUGUACAAAUGCUCUUACCACUCUGAAGUCUGCUGACUGUACCUCUUGAACAUACUUAUGAUAUUCUGCACAUAAUGGAAAAAGGCAAAUUUUGUAAGUUUGUGCUCUGCUAACUAUAGAUAUUUAUUACUCUAUGAGUUUUCUAUUUUUAUAACCACCUGUGGUCUUAUCAUCUAUUUUAAUUCACAUUUCUUACUAAUUAUGGUGGUGGGGAGGGAGACAUCCAGAAGAGAAGCUUAAUUUAUACUAUUUCAGCCAAUCUGUGAAUGUAAACAACUACACUGUUGCCUUGCUAUAAUCUAAUCUACUAUAAUGUGGAACAAAGAAAUAAAUAUCAAUCUUGAAACCCAUCCAGCAGGAGGAGUUGAGCUAAACUCCUUCUGGUUUUUCAUUUAACUCUUUUUUUUUUUCCCAUCCAUCUCUUUAACUAUGACAUGGCCCCAUGGCGUCGGCCUAAAGAGUAGUAAGGUACCAGUGUACAAAGUGAUCUGUAGUUUUUCCAUUAGUUCUAAACUAAGAGCCUUUGACUUCCAUGUAUACUGUAUUUGUUUACAGACUAUAGGUGGAUAUAAUUUAAGAGCUUGGUUUAAUAAACACUUAACCCC